AUGGAAUGGCUGCUAGAGGGCCUGCAUGGGGCUCAAGAGGACAUGAAGCUUCUCUGGGGCCAGCUGACCCAUGUCCUGGCCUGCAGACACUGUGGCAACAGCUGCCUCCAGAGUCCAGGGACUCUGGUAACACUAUUCUUGUUCAUGGUUUGGCAGAUCCGGAGGUGGUGGCAGCUUUGGAGAUGGCGACAGCUUCAGCCCUGGUACUCUGGGGACAAGAUGCAAGGCAAGAGCCUACCACUUCCAUACUGUGUGGCUUUCCUUGAUCGUCUGUGGAAGCAGAAGUCAGAGGAGGAAGAGGAAGAGGAAGAAGAAGAGGAGGAAGAAGAGGAGGCAUCUCCGGAUCCACUGAAGCCAUGUUCUCUUCCCAAAGCAGCUCCUAUUGGAGACCAAGCCACUAUAGCCUCAUCCCAGCCAUCCUGUUGUUCUGAGGGCCUCCAUAAGGCCAUAGGGACACUAGAGGAAGUACUCACGCGGACCUCAAGCCCUUCCAGAUCCUUCCCCACCUUUCAGAUCUUGACCAACCUGCCUGUGAGGCACAAGACAGCAUCAGGGAGCCGUUUACAGCAGAGAAAAAGCCAACUCUUCUGGGGUCUCCCCUCUCUGCACAGUGAGUCCUUGGAGGCCAUCUUCCUGAGCUCAGGUGGCCGCUCUCCUCUGAAGUUAUCUGUUAGUCCUUCUGUCUUCUUCAACAAGCAUGCCUUUCUGCCUAGAUCCCCAGAAUUGCUGCUUCCCCAGUAUUGCUCCUCAAGCCAGAUUUCUACCCAUGAAGUCCAUACUACAGAAGAUUUGAAAGAGAUGCCCUCUGAUCCUCACCAACUUCCCCCUCCAUCUUCUCCUUGUGUCCCAUCACUACCCCUCCCUCUUAAACCCUUUCCCAUGGACCAUAAGAAAGACCUAUUUGGCACUGAGGCAAAUACACAGUCUCAAGGAACUAGCACCCUGGGAGCUCCACCUGUAUAUGAGACUCAGUGGGGAACCACAGGACAUAAAGAGAAUCCUCAAGCCUUUCAGCCCCCAAUGCCAGCCCCCUGCCAAUCCCCAGAUUCUCUGUCAGAACCCCAGAAAGUCAGCCCUGAAGGGGAACCUUCUGCAAACAAGGACUUCUGGGGAAACUUGGGGCACAGAGAGAACCCUCUGGCCUCUGGGUCUCCAAUGCCAGCCCCCUUCCUUUCCCCCGAUCCCCUACCAAAACUCCAAGGAGGCAGUUCCCUGGGAGAUCCAUCUGAAUACAUGCCCCAGCAGGGAUGCAGAGAAAAUUCAGCAAACUCUUGGGCCUUUGAGCCCCCACCCUGGGACCUCGACCCAGGACACUAUGGAACCAGGCCUGCAUGUGCCCCAUCAGGAUCUGAGACUCCAUGGAAGGGCAUGCAUACUAGAGAUAAUCUUUGGGCCUCUGCAAACACAGGUUCAUCUCCCAGCCUUCCCUCAGCCUCUCCGCCGGAGCCCCUAGGAAUGGGUGCUCAGGCAGUCUUGUCUGAGUCCAAAGCUUUAGGGGAGGCCAUGAGGCAGAGAGAAGAACUCUCGAUCUCAGAGUCCGCAGCCCCUGCCCAUAGCCCAUCUCUAGCUCCCAUUCUAGAACCACACAAAAUCACUCCUUUGGGAGGCCUCCUUGGGUCAGAAGCUACAUGGAAGGACACUGAUCAUUCCAGAAAUUCCUGGGCUUCUGAAUCUCCAUCUCUGGCAUUCAGCCCACCCCCACCUCUUAUACUAGAUUCUCUUAGAGUUAGCCCCACGGGGGUCCUGUUUGAUUCGGAAGCUAGAUGUGGGGACAUACAAAGGAGAAAGAACUGCUGGGCCUCUGAGCUCCCAGAUUGUAGCCUACCCCAAGACCCACACAGAGCCAACUCUUUGGGAGUCCAGUCUGACUCUGAGCCUGUUAGGGAGGAUAAGGAGCAGAAAGAAACCUGUUGUGUUCCUGUGUCGCCACUGUGGGGCCCCAGCCCAUCCCCAAACUCUAUGUCAAAGUCUCACACAAGUGAGCCUAUUGGAGACCAAUGCAACUGUAAACCUGAUGGGGAAACAGUGCAGCAGAGAGGGAACUACUGGACCACUGAACUCCCAGCAUCAACCCCCAGGUCACUCUCUGCUCCUCUACCAGAUCCACAUGUUGACCUUGAGUUUGUGUGGAGGAAUAUGCAACAAAGAGGGAUCCUCCAGGACCCCAGCCUUCCAGCAGUGGAUCCCCUGCAGCCAAUACCCUGGCCUCCUACCCUAGCUGUAGCUCUGAAGACUGAGCCCAACCAGCCUGACCUAUCUAAGGGAGAGCUUUUCCCAGGGGUUAACGCAGAGCCUCCAUCCUCCCAGAGAGAGGCUGUCCCACAGGUACCCACCCACUCUGGGAUCCAGGCCUGGCACUGGAGUAGAGAGUUGGAACUCAGGCGGAAGAAACUACAGCAGAGCUCUGCUUCCAGAUCUCUUGGCCCAAGUCAAUCAUUUGGCAGCUCCCCUGUCCUGGGCUCAACUCAAGCCACCCGGAGAUUUUCUUCCUGUCCUCCACAGCAGACUCAUCCUCCCAAUCUGUGCCCCCUCUUUUCAAGCUGUCAUCCCCACAAAAUUCAGAGCACAAUAACUCAGCCUGUUCAGGUCUCCCACUGUUACCACUCUCACUCCUUUUCCCACCCUCAGCCACAAAAGUAUGGGAGGACAGAACAAGGUUCUCAGAGAGAGCAAAGAAUGAAAAAGAUGGUGUCCCAGAUCUCAUCCCAGGGGUCAUGUGUUUACAUGGAGGCUGGUGAGAACUGCCCAGGCCUGGAAGAGACCCUAGACCCUAAGGUUCCAGCCUCAGGCAAGAGACAGGACAAGGCUUCAGCCCCAUCUUCAGCCAAAGAGAGACAGAGUCCCAGGAAACCCAAAGCAGAUCAUGGAGGAGGGGAUUCAAGAUUGAGGUCAUCCAUAGUUACAGUAAAAAGCCACCCAGCCCAGGCUAGAAGACUAGCAGAGGUCCCUGUAAGCAGACUUUCCCAAAGAUUUCAGCACAGGGACCAGAGUUCUCGACACACUGCUCUCUCCAGGCAGCUUCACUGCAAGGCUGCAGACUCCCAAGAUCAGCGAGGGGCAAGGCUGGGAGCUGGUGACAUCCUGGCCUCACAGCACUGUAAGAACUGCCCUUGGGCCCGGAAACAUCUUUCCUCCCCUACACCUCAGGCUCCUCUUACCAGGGGUCUCCAAAGGGUGUUAGCCAAGUUUCUGGGCAUCCAUGAACCCCUGCCCACCAAAUCCAGUCAGCAAAGGAAAGGCUGGUAG